AUGUCCACGUUGAAGCUGCCUCAUCAUGUUCCUCAGGCUGCCGAAGACUGUGAACAGCUCCAAAAAGCCGUCAAAGGUUGGGGGACUAACGAGGGGCUGAUCAUAUCCAUCUUGGGUCAUAGAAAUGCUGCUCAGAGGAAGCUUAUCCGAGAAACUUAUGCCAAGACCCAUGGAGAAGAUCUCCUCAAGGUCUUGGACAAAGAACUCACCAGUGAUUUUGAGAGGCUGGUUCAUCUUUGGACACUUGAUACUGCUGAACGUGAUGCAUUUUUGGCAAAUGAGGCAAUUAAAAAGUGGACUCCAAGCAAUCGGGUUCUGGUGGAAAUAUCCUGCGCUAGGUCCUCUGAACAAUUGCUUGCUGUGAGGAGGUCUUAUCAUGCUCUUUAUAAGAAGUCUAUUGAGGAGGAUGUUGCACAUCACACAACAGGGGACUUCCGUAAGGUCCUACUACUUCUGGUUAGUUCUUAUCGAUAUGAAGGAGAAGAAGUCAACUUGAACAGCGCAAAAACUGAGGCAAAAUUACUGCAUGACAAGAUUUCAAAAAAGGCUUAUAACGAUGAAGACUUCAUUAAGAUUUUCGCUACAAGUAGCAGAGCACAGAUUAAUGCUGUUUUGAAUCACUACAAAGACGAAUUUGGAAAAGAUAUCAACAAGGACCUGAAGGCUGCUGAUCCAAAGAAUGAGUUCCUGGCUUUACUAAGAGCAACUGUGAAGUGCUUGAUCCAUCCUGAGAAGUACUAUGCGAAGGUUCUUCGUUUGGCUAUCAACGGGCGAGGAACCAAUGAAGGAGACCUUACAAGAGUGGUGGCCACAAGGGCCGAAGUUGAUUUGAAAAUUAUAGGAGAUGAGUAUCAAAGGAGGAAUAGUGUCGCUCUUGAUCGAGCCAUUGGCAAGGACACCAGUGGUGACUAUGAGAAAAUGCUUUUGGCGCUCUUAGGACAGGGUGAUGCUUGA